UGGGUAGUGGCGGUUCGUACGGGCAGUGAUACAGGACAGUUCGUGGCUGUUUCUUUGGAGCCUAGUCGUGCAGUCGAACUAAACGACACAACUAUAUGAUACAAGCUGGGCGGUGGUCCACCUCACCCUGGGAUCCCGCGGAACCACGCCCUUCCGGAUCCAGGCCAGUUACGACCGGCCGAUCAAGCAAGACGCCACCGCCACCAUCGACCCGGACUUCACCACUACCAUCGAACCGGGCUUCACCACCAACUGCACAGUGGAUCCCUACCCAAUCCACAACAUCACCCUCCAGGGCCAGUACCACUGUAACCAGGGCCCAGGGGUCCCUCUUGGACAGCUGUGUGACUUCAAGAUGGACUGCCCGCUCGGUGACGACGAAGGGAACAUGUGCCGUGAGUACAGCCUAUCUACUUGUAUCCUAUGCCUCUGCCAUGCUUCGCUAG